UUGUGCCUCGACGUUCUAGAAUCAACCUGCAUGACACAGUCUCGCCAUAUAUAGUGCUGGCGCUCCAGACUCCGCUUGUAACCCUCGGCUGCCUGGCGCAGGGUAAGCAUUACCCCUGACAAGAGUGCGCUCCACUCCGCUCUCUCCCUCUCCCUCUCUCUGCACUCUGGGUAGACUCCGCACAGAUUCCAAUGGUAAAAUGGCUGAGAAAGCGAAGCACGAAGGCAGGGUUAGAAUAGGACACUACGUCCUCGGAGACACCCUGGGAGUUGGCACCUUCGGAAAAGUAAAGAUUGGAGAACACCAGCUGACCGGUCACAAGGUGGCAGUGAAGAUCCUGAAUCGGCAGAAAAUCCGAAGCCUGGAUGUGGUGGGGAAGAUCAAACGAGAGAUUCAGAACCUCAAGCUCUUUCGCCACCCUCACAUCAUUAAACUAUACCAGGUCAUCAGCACACCCACUGACUUCUUCAUGGUGAUGGAAUAUGUGUCUGGAGGGGAACUAUUCGAUUACAUCUGUAAACAUGGACGGGUGGAAGAUACAGAAGCACGCCGCCUUUUCCAGCAGAUAAUCUCAGCCGUGGAUUACUGCCACAGACACAUGGUGGUCCACCGUGACCUGAAACCAGAGAAUGUCCUUCUUGAUGCCAACAAGAACACCAAGGUAGCUGACUUUGGUCUCUCAAACAUGAUGUCAGAUGGGGAGUUCCUUCGAACCAGCUGUGGCUCCCCGAACUACGCUGCUCCAGAGGUGAUCUCAGGCAGGUUAUACGCCGGCCCUGAGGUUGAUAUCUGGAGCUGUGGAGUCAUCCUGUACGCUCUCCUGUGCGGCACGCUGCCUUUCGAUGAUGACCACGUCCCCACGCUCUUCAAGAAGAUCCGAGGAGGAGUCUUCUAUAUCCCCGAGUACCUGAACCGCUCAGUAGCAAACCUCCUAAUGCUGAUGCUGCAGGUGGACCCACUCAAGAGAGCCACCAUCAAAGACAUCAGGGAGGAUGAGUGGUUCAAGCAGGACCUGCCCAGUUACCUGUUCCCUGAGGAUGCGGCCUACAACACCGACGUGCUAGAUGAGGAGGCGGUGCGGGAGGUGUGCGAGAAGUUUGAGUGCACUGAGUCGGAGGUGAGCAACAGCCUCUACAGCGGGGACCCCCAGGACCAGCUGUCCGUGGCGUACCACCUCAUCAUCGACAACCGCCGCAUCAUGAACCAGGCCAGCGAGUUUUACCUGGCCUCCAGCCCCCCCACCGGCUCCUUUAUGGAUGACAGCAUGCAGCUGCCCCCCGGCAUCAAGCCCCACCCGGAGCGCAUGCCCCCGCUCCUCGCAGACAGCCCCAAGGCACGGUGCCCCCUCGAUGCCCUCAACACCACCAAGCCAAAACCCAUGACGGUCAAGAAGGCCAAGUGGCACCUGGGCAUCCGUAGCCAGAGCAAGCCCUAUGACAUCAUGGCAGAGGUGUACCGGGCCCUGAAGCAGCUGGAGUACGACUGGAAGGUGGUGAAUCCGUAUCACCUGCGAGUGCGACGGAACAAUCCUGUGACGGGGAACUUUGUGAAAAUGAGCCUGCAGCUGUACCAGGUCGACAGCCGUAGCUAUCUCCUGGACUUCAAGAGCAUCGACGAUGACGUCAUCGAGCAGAAGUCGGGCUCUUCGACCCCUAAGCGCUCAGGGUCCUUGGCUGGGCUCCACAGACCCCGGCUGAGCCUCGAUGCAGCAGCCAGCGACGGCGUGUCCCUCGGAGGCUCUCUCACGGGCUCGCUUACAGGCAGCACCCCCUCCAUCACACCGCGCCAGGGCAGCCACACCAUGGACUUCUUCGAGAUGUGCGCCAGUAUCAUCACCAUGCUGGCUCGCUAGCUGGGAUCCGGCGAUGGUGUGUCCGCGUUAUAGCAAUGGGUAUUUUUAUUUGAUUUGGUUUUUUAGCGCGUCCUGUGAGUAUGUGAGAUGUGACCCAUUUGUGCUUGACAAGCCAAUGCCCACGCAUUGUUCUAUACUUGAUUUUUUUAAAUUUAAUUAUAUUUUUUAACCAUUUAAAAAAUAAUUAAAUUAGGAAUACUAAAUAAAGUGUUCGGUCACAGUUUAUAUAUUUUAAAAUACUGUUAUUAUAAAUGAAUAUCGUUUUUAUGUUUUAUCACUUAUUUAUUUGAUCAUUUAUUUAACGACACAUUAUUGUAGGCUUCUGAAAAGGCAAACCAAAAUUACAUGAACAAAAACAAAUAAUGGGGUGAUGCUCAGUAACCCUAUUGUGUUCUCUAUGUACAGAGCAGACAAUCAGUUCAACCUAAGCUCAGUAUCUCCGUCUCUCAGUUAAGGUGGGACUUGCUGUUCACCCAUCCUAGUCUUGCACAAGUGGUUAAGAGGAAACAGCUCGUUAACAGCACAUGGAAAGCAGUGAUAUAAAAAUGCUUGAGUAGAGAUUAAAAUCACCUCUCCUAGCUUUCCACCCUACUCUUGUGUGCUGUACAGCACAGUUACUCAAAUACAGUACACUGCUUCAACGUGGGGCACAGUGCCCGCAGUUUCAUCGCGUGUGUGCAAUGCUAGCUUGCCUGGAUGUUGCGCUUGAUUUCCUCUGCCCAUUAUUUGAGAUACCUCAGCUAGGAUUUAAUACUGUAGUCCGAUUUUUAAAACUGUUUAUGAUGUUUUGGAUUGCAGUCUAUCGCUCUGUAUAGCAUAAUUUGAAUCUAUAUUAUUAUUAUUAUUAUUAUUAUUAUUAUUAUUAUUAUUAUUAUUAUUAUUAUCUGUUUUUUAUUUAUUUAUGUGUGUCAGUAAUUAGUUGAGGUUUAUAUUCCAUUUCAAUGGGUCAGUGUUUCAGUAGGUAGUGGCCGCAUGGUCUAUUGAUUUGUAUUUGAAGAAUCUCAGUUGAAUGGUUGGACUGACUGAGAUGCAGUAUCACUUUUCAAAACUCAAUGAUCUGAUCAGAUCCGCUUUAGAAACGCCCCUGGUUCCUUUGGAGAAUGGAGGUUUCAAACCAUAAAGAGGAAAAAAAAUGGUAUUUUAUUUAUUUAUUCAUUUAUAAUGAAAUUUGCCUUGGCUUGCCAGACAUGUCAAGUACAUGCCGAUAAUUUUAAAGACAGCGCUAUACUUUCAUGUUAGCAGUGCCCCCAAGAGGAUAUUUUAAGACUUUGCCUUCCUAUAAAGUGCCUAUGCCUAUUUUAUUUGCUUGGAGUCUGAACCACGUAAGCUGAUAGCUGGUGUAUAGGAUAGAUCAGGAGACGUGUUUCCAGCUACUGCAUUUGAGUGCUGACACUAGUGUUCCAGUGUCAACACUGUCACAUUAAUAUUGCUCUGCCCUAGAUUUGUGGGGGCUAAAUGGAUUUAACUGAGCAAUCAUUACUUGGUAAAGUCAAUCAAACAUGCAUUCAAUCAAAUGGUUUGCUGCACAAUCCUUCUGCAUGCAGCUUCUUCACUAAUGUUAAUUAUCUACUGUAAAUGAAACAGGUUCUGGUUGUGAUCAAUAAGGUUUUCACGUUUCUGAGCAUUCAGUUUCUUCAGAUGGAAAUGUAGUCCUGAAUGAUACCCUGCUGGGGUUGCACUGCAUUUCGAGUGACACAGGAAGCAAAUGCAUGGCAAUUGAUGACCCUCUUGAUUUGUAGACCCUAGAAUCCCCUGUGCUGAAGCAAUCACUAUGACUGUAGCUGCUGCAAUCUACUGGCUUCAGACACUGUCCUAGUUUUAAAUUGAAAAUAGCUGUAACCUGAUUAUAUGCAAGCCAAACCACUUUGUUCUAUUGUCAGGGGGGUAUUCACAUAAAUAACUAACAGGCACAUAAUGUGUGUUAAGAGUGCCACGUUAUCUGCAAUGCUUAGUCAUCAUGCAUUACUGGUACUGCACAUAGGCAUUUCUCACAUCUCGCUUUUUUACAGGCAAUGCACUCCCAGACAGAUUAGGUGUUCCGUUUCCCUUGUGCAUUGCUUAUAUUAGAAUAGCAAACAAAACCUUUCUCUGGAACCUUGUAAAGGAAGCAUCUCAAGACACUUCGCAAAGUUAAAAUAUCAGUGAUGAUAACCCUGGCAAACACAGUACGCUUGGUUUGGGAUCUGCCCCAGGAACGUUAAAGGUACAGGAUUACAAAACCAAGGACAGCCACUGAAGUUGCCUUAAAAGUACAUAUAUAUAUUUUUUUCUCUUUGUUACAAACUUUCAUUUUAGUACUGUACCUGUUUAUUUAUGUGCAUUGAUUUAGUACUGUAGAAUAUCUGAUUUAACCUCACCGAUCAAACUAACUGCCGGGGAGGAAAGCAAGCUGUCCAUUGCACGAUGGGAGCAGUUAAGGCUGUAAAAGUUUUAACGAAAACAUAAACUGUUUUUUUUUUUCACUAAACCUUUAACCAAAAUUUGUUGUUUUAUGAGGAAUCUUCCAUUGAUUUAAAAUCUUUUUAUGAUUACCUUAGGUAAGGUAAUCCAUGACUAGUGCUAAUCGGGGGUCUAUUAAACCAGAUGUCAAUCUAGUAAACAUAGAUUUACAUCCUGAAAAAAUAAAAAAAAUCAAUACAGACUUGUGGGAACUGUUGGCAUUGUUCACCGUCCUGCCAUUGAUCCUACAGCUUGCUGAACAGCUGUGCUUCGGGUUUAAUGUUUAAUCUCCCUGUACCGUACACACUGUAUGCAAGACAGCAUGCCCACAGAUGGUUACUGUGUAUUUGCACCAUGUUGUAUAUGUUGUUUUUGUAUGUCAUCAAAAAAAGUUUAAAGCUAUUGCAAUGUUUUUGUAAUCAGUGCAAAAAAAAAAAAAAAAAAACAAUUAGAAAACCCUGCCACUUGAACCAAUUUAUUUUAGUUUCAUGUACAGUGCCCUUUAUUCAUUGUAUUAGGACAUGUAUUAUUACAGUCAGGCCAGUUUGCGUAUUCAUCUAAUGGUACUGUACAUGUGCAAUUGGUUCUUUCUAAAACCUUUUUAUAGUUUGGGCAUUGUAAACUACUACAGAGCAAAUGACCUGGCAGACCUACAGAUCGGCAGACAGGAAUGCCCCAGCAACGGAUUCUGAUAGUUCUUUUCUGUUGUGCAACAUUGUGAAGCACAACAGUUCAUUUAUAUGGAAAUUACACAAACCUCUUUACUUCUCAUGUGGCACCAACCAAAUGAUUUUCCCCUUGGUAUUUAUAUAGCCAUAAAGUUGCAUUGCUCUUUGUAGACUAUUAACUAUUUAGAGACACAGUUGUUAUCUCUUUCAUGAUGUAACAAUUGAUUACAAUUGACGGAACACUAUUCCAAAGCUUGCGUUUUGAGUUUUUGUAUCUGUAUAUAUAUUUUUUUUUUUACACUUAAGACCCCAGUUAAACAUAUAUAUUUUUUAUUUAUGUUUUUUUUUUUUAACUAUAGAUUUUUGGCAGUGUGCCAAACUGAAGCUUUUGACAUUGUGAUUAUUAUUGGUUAAAGCUCUAGUUGGUGUGCGUUAUAAUCACCCGGCUCCUGCAGUGUAACAGAUGCACUUCAGGCUAUUCUGGCUUCACAAUAAGCUUAAUUAGUAGCAGCAGAGUUUGUGGCCUCUGUGAUGUCUAGCUAAGCCCAGUUGUGACUAGCUGAGCUCAUAUGAAAGCUACAAUGUCUGGGACUGAUCCAGAUAGGAGCCUUUUCUGUACCACUGCACUGCUGCCUCCCCUGAGUCCUGGUUCUAGUGUUUUUUUUUAUUUUCGUGUGAUGUUGCUCUUAUGAUUAUUUGCACUUUAAUAAAUAUUUAUUGU